GGCGGUAAUAAACCUUAACGUUGGCUGUCAGCCGCCUCAAUUCAACGAAGAAGAAGAACAACAACAAGCCGCCCAAAUGAAUGUCAAGGAAGUGUUUAGUUCUGGCGUUUUAGAUAAAACGCCUCCGAAAUGCUCAAUGUAAACUAAAAUGUUGAUGUUACUUACCUGGUUAGGAGGACUAAUGUGGGUUUAAUCUGUGGAACUCAAUUUUUUGAUCAAGAACUGAUCAAGACCUAAUCAAGAGCUGAUCAAGACCUAAUCAAGAGCUGAUCAAAACCUGAUCAAGACCUGAUCAAGACCUAAUCAAGAGCUGAUCAAGAGCUGAUCAAGAGCUGAUAGACAGCCAUGGCACAGAACUGGCUGCCUGGCAUGGAAACAUCAGCUGUGUCUGUGCUCAAGAGAGCUGUAGAGCUGGAUCACAGUUCACGCUUUCAGGAAUCUCUUGUGUGCUACCAGGAGGGCAUUCAGCUACUUCUAGAUGUGCUGAAAGCAAUAAAGGAUGAAUCCAAAAAAGUCCACUACAGAGAAAAGAUCAAGGGUUACAUGGAUCGAGCUGAGCAGAUAAAAGAGCACGUAAACAAACUGAAAGAAGAAGGGAAAUACCAUGAGCAAAUUAAAAUCACUGACGGUGCCACAGGUUUCAGCUAUGAGACCCUUUUCAAGCCAUACAUUAGCGAAGGACUCACUGAAGUCUGGGUUGAGGACCCUUAUAUCCGCCAUGUGCACCAGCUGUAUAACUUCCUACGUUUUUGCGAAAUGCUGCUGAAAGCCAAAUGUAAUGUUAAGAAGAUUAAUCUCCUGACCUCACAAGAUGAAGAUAGCUCCUCCCAGCAAGAGAGUGCCCUAGCAGAAAUCCGCCAGUCUUUGCAGACUCAGGACGUGUGUCUGGACAUUAAAUACUCCUCCACUAUUCAUGACAGGGAGAUCAGACUCGAUAGUGGUUGGAUUGUCAAGAUUGGCAGAGGGCUUGAUUACUUCAAGAAACCUAAGGGUCGUUUCUCCAUUGGCUACUGCGAUUAUGACUUGAGAGAAUGUCAUGAGACUACAGUGGAUGUCAUCCAUACAAAGCACACCAAGAAGACAUGACCAAAAAAAAACAAAACAUUUGCAUUCAGUGUAUUUGAGUUAAUCUACUAUGCACUACUUGGACUAGUGGGUUUAUACUUGUUUUCUAUUUUUAACUCUGCUAAGGGUUUAAUGUUUACAAAUUAAUCUGAGAGCUGAGCACUAAGUGCCUAAUAUAUUAAAGUGCACGUUGUUGGCCAUCAUACAGUAAUGCAUGUGUUCUCAAAGCUUUAUGGUCAGCAUCCCCAUUUUAAAAGCUCAAAAUGAUAAAUAUAGCAAGAAUAUUGCAUUGUAGUGUUUCUAGCUAUAAACCAUGACUAUGAUGUGCAAAAAUACGCUUAUUUCUAUUUUAAACAGCGUCACUACUAGAGUGUAGUGUAAAGGCCACUUUGAUUGACAUGAGUGUGUGGUGAACGUGGCCCUGGUGGCAUAAAAAUGGACUUAAGAGAAGCUCGGAAUUAAGUCUAAUGAAAUGUUAAUAAUAAAUGAUCAGAUUGUUUUAUAAUAUUAAUUAUAAUAAUAACUAUUAUUAAAUAUUCUAUAAACCAAGUUAUAUGCCUAAUAUAAUC